GCAGGCUCCACGUCCAGCGCAGAGCCUGAUGUGAGACUGACCUCAUGACCCUGAGAUCAUGACCUAGGCCAAAAUCAAAAGUCUGAUGCGUAACUGACUGAGCCGCCCAGGAGCCCCAGGGGCUAAUAUGCUAUCUAUGAUAUACGAGCCCUACCUAUGUGCUAGUCACUAUGAUGAGCACUUUAUACGCAUUAUCUUCUUUCCAACACUCAAGAACCAGGAAGUAGCUACUGUUAUUACUUCCAGCUUAUGGAUAAAGAAUGGAAGCUUAGAGAGGUUAAAUAUGCUGCCCAAAGUCACCCAGCGCUAGAGUUAGGAGACAUUCCAGCUCUGUCCAACUCCAAGAUCAUGCUGACGACUGGCCUAUUGAUGAGACGUAAACCAGAGGUGAGCUGGAGUUGGUCGUGAGAGCCGAUUAUGUGCAUUUCUCCUCAAUCCCGAGCUCAGCGGGGUUGCAUCGGCAGCUUGGAAUCAGCUGCACGGAGAGUAUUUACACCACAGAAAUUGGCAAGUGCUACACAGCAGGUCUCCCUCCCUGCUUUCCUGCCCUGAUAACUGGUUGUCAAACAUUUACCAGCACACCCCUGGAUGGAAGAGAGCCACCUUAGAAAGGCUACGGGUCAGGUGCAUGGCAGAUAUUAAAAGGUAUUGAGGAAAUGACGGCGGGGAAAACCCUUGGACGUUCAUCUUGUGUUGUUUGCCAGGCACGAUAGAAGGACCGACCCCUGGGGCUCUCGAAAGGGGGGUCAAGCUGCAGUGAGGGUCUGAGGACCUCAAAAAAGGAUAUAAUGUACAUUUCCCCAUUAUUUUCUUAAGUCCCUUUUCUGUGUGGCUACUUCUGUCACAUAGAGACGCGGAAAUAAAAUAGAAUCUUUUCUGUUGGUGAAGCACACAUACACAAUCAACAAUGGAAUGCGGGGAAAAGGUAAUAAAAAUCUGAGCACAUACAUUUGUAGUGAGGUGGCAAUUUGCUGUAACUAUGGCAAAUAACCCUUUGGAGCUUCCUGGAUCUUCUGAGGGGAAAAGUCUUUUAUUAUGAUGGAUCAUGUUAAUAAAGAAAGGCUCAGGGUGCACACCAUCAAGCCGUGGGGUAAACGUGCACCUCUACGGGGGGAAAGGCACCCUAAUAGCAUCUGUUGUCCAGGCCGGUUGGUACGGGGGGCCAGCUUUAGCUCUUGGAGGUUGACUGUCCGCCCUUUUCAGUAGCCUUCGUGUGUCCCAGGGUUCUCUUUGGGUGGUCAGAGAGGAAAGAUCUGGGGCUUUAAGUCCCUCUGUCACUUCCUGUUUAUUGAUGCCCCACGUGCUUAUACACGCGGACUAUGCCCAACGCUGUGUCACUUGAACGCAUUUUUCAUCUUUUCUUUCAUGAGAUAUGAUUGCCGUGACGUGGUAUUAGUCCCAGGUGACAACACAGCGAUUCUGUGUUUGUGCGUGUUGCAACAUGAUCACCACGCCGAAGUUUCCCCUUAACACCCUGAGGAUUUCCAAGUCUGGCUCACGUCUCACUUGCCUGCGCUGACGCAGAGGCCUGCAGAGCAAGAGAGGAUGGGGGGCUCCUCCGGCAGGCGUGCGCCUUGGGUGACGGUGGCGGCCUGCUUCCCCUGCAGUGCUCCCAGGUGGACCCCGUUACCUGGAGGGUAUGUCUCACCCACCAAGACAUUUGAGGCUAGAGAUGCCAGGCAAAGGGACCUGUGCAAAGGUCCUGAGGCAGGAGCACACAAGGCACAUUUAAGAAACACCGAGGUCACUAUGGCUGGAGCUGAGAUCAAUGGGAGGACAAGGUCUGAAACUGCAGAGGCUGAUAGAGGCUGUUGCAACAAUUCAGGAGCGUGGACGGUGGCUCAGAUCAGGAUGGGGAUGGCGGACGCGGCAGGAAGUGGUCAGAUCCUGCGUAUGUUUAAAGCACCUGAACUCCAAGAUGGCAAGACACGUCGUGCGUUUUGUUUACUGCUGUAUCCCCACUACUCAGAAGAAUGCCUCGAAAAAGUCAUUAUGUUCCUCAUUCGUGCCUCAUUUCGGGAAGCCUAUCGAUAUUGGAUCACGCGGACCCUUAAAACUGCCUCGGGGUGCCCUUACCCAAUGGUGUGCUCGUGGAAUCCUUUCACAAAUAGAAACUGUAAAUGCUCAUGACGACCCCAGAAAAGAAACACAGAAAAAUGCAAUGGGUUUUUAAUGUAUGUUUCCAUUUUUGAACACUUGAAAAAUAGGUCAUUCAUGGUCUUUCUUGUAUAAUUAAGAACUCCAUUGACACCAUUAGCAAGUUAUUAGCAGUGACUUGGAACUAAGUAUGUGUGUCAUAAUCCUUCCCCAAAUAAAGAAAAUAACUUUAAUAGCUUUGAAA